CCCUCGACUAUUCAGGCUUAUUACGUGUGAGGACUAGUCCUGUUCCGAGCCUGAAGCAUCUGGAAUAAGACUUUCUCCCUCCUACCUAUUCAUGAAGAAAAAUAAGACAUUGUUCUUUGCUUUUUACGCAUGAAUUUACAGACUACAGCCGCAUGCUUUACAACUCGAAACCUAUUUUCGGACGAGAUUCUACAGCCGCAUUGGUUGCAAAGGACUAAAACUAAAAACUAAAGAGGUUGGUGCUGAAUACAAAGUGAUACGGUGAUCCCAUGUUUCGCUCGCAUGACUAAUUAAUAUCAGUACUCAGUCUCGCGCGCUCCUACUUUUUAAAUUUAAACUAUGGCGUUUAGAGCGAGAGCGUUGUACGACUUUAGUUCCGAAAAUCCAGGAGAGAUAUCGAUUACUGAGAACGAAGUUGUUACUUUGUACAGCGAACAAGAUGUCGAGGGAUGGUUAGAGGGGACUAACAGCAGAGGGGAGACUGGUCUUUUUCCAGCCUCAUAUGUGGAGAUUCUCACAAAUGAUUCAUCUGACAUCUCCUCCAACAACAAUGGCAUGUCGGCAGAUCAUGGUCAAGCCGAGUUGCCAUCAAGUGGAUAUGAUUCAUCAUACCAUUCCCAGUCCCACUCUCGUGCUGAGAGCAUUACAGUCCCGAACCCUUCCCACUCUGCUUAUCCUGUGCAAACUCCACAGCACCACAGUUACCCGACCAGUCAAGGUAGCGAUGACGACUGGGAUGAUGACUGGGAUGACAGCUCGACUGUGGCGGAUGAACCUGGAACGAUACAUGACAAUGAUGGAACUAGUUCCACAGCAUACACGGUCACUACCAGUUUACCUGAGAGACGUAGCAGUGCCCAAGCCAAAAGUUCAGCCACAGUGGGUAAAAACCUCAACAGGUUUUCAACCUUUGUGAAAUCAGGCGGAGAGGCUUUUGUGUUGGGCGAGGCGGCUGCCUUUGUCAAGGACGGGGACAAGAUCUGUGUUGUCAUGGGCCAGUAUGGGCCAGAGUGGCAAGAAGACCCAUAUCCAUUUGCCUGCUCUAUCGAUGACCCCACCAAACAGACUAAAUUCAAAGGCAUGAAGAGUUACAUGUCAUACAGACUAACUCCCUCUCAUACCCAGAGCCAGGUGAAUAGAAGGUACAAGCACUUUGACUGGCUCUAUGCCCGCCUAGUGGAACGAUUCCCUGUCAUAUCAGUCCCCCAUCUGCCCGAGAAACAGGCCACGGGGCGCUUCGAACAGGACUUUGUCUCCAAGCGCAGAAAAGGUUUAAUAUGGUGGAUGAACCACAUGACGAGCCAUCCUGUCCUGGCCAGGUGUGACGUCUUCCAGCAUUUCCUCACCUGCCCCAGCACAGACGAGAAGACGUGGAAGAUGGGCAAGCGAAAAGCGGAGAAGGAUGAGUUGACUGGCGCUAAUUUCUUCCUGACCAUCUCUACCCCGGCCGUUCCACUGGACCUACAGGAGGUGGAGAGCAAAAUAGACGGUUUCAAAGCCUUCACCAAGAAGAUGGAUGAGAAUUGUCUGUUAGUCAACGCUACCAUCAACGAGUUCGCCAGGAAGCAGAUCACCGGCUUCAAGAAAGAGUAUCAGAAAGUGGGCCAGUCCUUCAAACUGCUGGGCCAAGCCUUUGAGAUGGACCAACAGGCCUAUUCCGUAGGACUGAACCAUGCCAUAGCAUUCACAGGAGAGGCCUACGAGGUUAUAGGAGACUACUUUGCCGAGCAGCCCAGACAGGAUUUGGACCCCAUAUCGGACCUGCUGGACCUGUACAAGGGACACCUGGCCAACUACCCUGAUAUCAUCCAUGUUCAGAAAGGUGCCCUUACCAAAGUGAAGGAGUGCCAGAAGCAGGAAGGGGAGGGAUCAACCAUCAACGAGCGUUGUAACAUCAUUUCCUGUGCCACGCUGGCUGAGAUCCAGCACUUCCACCGUACGCGCGUACGUGACUUCAAGAGCCAGAUGCAACACCACCUCCAGCAGCAGAUCAGCUUCUUCCAGAAGAUCACUGGGAAGUUAGAGGAGGCACUGCAGAAGUACGACGAAUACAUAAUAUAAGGGACCUGAGGAAAGGAGGGUGGCUACAGAGGGAUGGAGAGAGGAUGGCGGGGACAGAGGGAGAGAGAGGAGGGGGACUUAGAGAGGGAGAGAAAGAAAGAUGGCUAGAGAUGAUAAAUAAAGUGCCCCGGAGGAGAUGGGGCACUUGAAUGACUUGUUCAGUUCUCCGUGACCAGAUUAUUCAUCCAUUCUACAGUGGGAAGUGAGUGGAUCUAUGCAGGUGAUGCAGUGACGGAUGGGGGAAAAUGGGGUAGAAAGAUACUGAAGACACUCCUUCGUUGACGUUGUUGUCCGCAAAACCUGAUCGCGUAGUCUAGCUUGACGGGAUAUGUUAAGUCAUCACAUACAAGACGUGUCACUUCAUGGAAUGAGUGGGAUGUCGUCCAUAAGGAACUGUAUAGAAUUGCAAAGAUAUCUCUUAAAAUACAUGUUUAACCUGUUGCAUUGAAUCCCCCUUAUUUGCCCCUGUCCCUUUGUCUGUCUGUCUGUCUGUCUGUCUGUCUGUCUGUCUGUCUGUCUGUCUGUCUGUCUGUCUGUCUGUCUGUCUGUCUGUCUGUCUGUCUGUCUGUCUGUCUGUCUGUCUGUCUGUCUGUGCGUGUGUGUGUCUGUCUGUGCGUGUCUGUGUGUCUUUACAAACGUGUGUCUUAUCAUAGAGAGGGCAACCAAGGGGGGUUUGGUAUUUCAAUAUUCUGUUGUAGUUUCUGAACCUCAUUAUUUGAGACCUCCCAGAGAGCUCUGUGCCAGGAACAAGCUUUAAGAUUGUAGAACACUGGAGGAGAACAGAACACCUGAUUUUCCAUUCCUUCUUAUUGUUCCCAAUGGAGAGGCAGGAGGCAGGCACAAAUAACUCAGCCAGAAUAAUACUGCAAAUGAUGUCUCUGUGGGAUUCCCUGGUGUCGAAGGACAUUGUUGAAAUGAAAUCCUUCCUCCUACACAUGUACUCCAUGUGAAUUUGACAUUGAAGGACCAUUGAUUGGUAUCCUCCCAAAACACAGUUGUCGGAUGACAGCCAAAAGUCUAAUGUAUGUAAGUUAUUUUACCAGGUUGAUUAGGGUAGUGCUAGAUGACUUGACACACAUCGCCCCUGAACAGCCUAAUACAUGUAGAAGGGAUCUUUAUCACAGUAUAUUCACUUGAUCACACAAGGAACACUGUGUAGUCCUUUUCCUCAUGUUUGCCCGGUCUACAUUUAGCAGACAGCAUGGCUGCAAUUCAGGUACUACUACCAGGCCCACUGUUAUUGAUAUAGGACACCAUCUCUUCUCCUCUCCCAAUAGGUCAAGUUACUCCACCUCCAUUGCGUCCAUUAUUUAGACCAGAUUCCUUUUCCACUAGCUCUGGGUCAAGUUACAUCUGAAACACUUGAAGGGAAUUUAAAUAGUUUGUUGUUCUUGUUAACAUACAGCUAUCUUGCUGAACUGGGUUUGUUGUGUUUGCUCACCCAUGUCCAGUGCUUGACUCGGGAUGAAAGAAGUGCAGGAGCUGUCUUUUCCCAAGUCCAUCCAUUAGAUUAUGUUUACCGAAGUUCAGUGGUGUAAAGUACUUAAGUGAAAAUACUUUUAAGUACUACUUAAGUUGUUUUCUGGGGUAUCUGUACUUUACUAUUUAUAUUUUUGACAGAUUUUACUCCAUUACAUUCCUAAAAACAUUAAAAAGUACAUUAUUUUCUUGAGGAAUGUAGUUGAAGUAAAAGUUGUCAAAAAUGUAAAUAUGAAUGUAUUGUAAUGUAAAAAAAUAAAUAAUAAUAAUUGUAUAACUGCCUUCAUUUUACCGGACCCCAGGAAGAGUGGAUCUAUAAUAAAUACUGACAAGGUAAAAAUAUGUUGUUCUGCCCCUGAACAAGGCAGUUAACCCACUGUUCCCCGGGCGCCAAAGACGUGGAUGUCGAUUAAGACAGCCCCCCGCACCUCUGAUUCAGAGGGGUUGGGUUAAAUGCGGAAGAUACAUUUCAGUUGAAGGCAUUCAGUUGUACAACUGACUAGGUAUCCCCCUUUUCCUUUCCCUACAGUAUAUAAGGUUCCACAGUUGACAGUCAGAGCAAAAACCAAGCCAUGAGGUCAAAGGAAUUGUCCGUAGAGCUCCGAGACAGGAUUAUGUUGAGGCACAGAUCUGGGGAAGGGUACCAAAACAUUUCUGCAGCAUUGAAGGUCCCCAAGAACACGGUGGCCUCCAUCACCAAGCCUCUCCCUAGAGCUGUGGGCACGGCCAAACUGAGCAAUCGGGGGAGAAGGGUCUUGGUCAAGGAGGUGACCAAGAACCCGAUGGUCACUUUGACAGAGCUCUAGAGUUCCUCUGUGGAGAUGGGAGAACCUUCCAGAAGGACAACCAUCUCUGCAGCACUCCACCAAUCAGGCCUUUAAGGUAGAGGGGCCAGAUGGAAGCCACUCCUCAGUAAAAGGCACAUGACAGCCCGCUUGGAGUUUGCCAAAAGGCACCUAAACUCUCAGACUAUGAGAAACAAGAUUCUCUGUUCUGAUGAAACCAAGAUUGAACUUGGCCUGAAUGGCAAGCGUCACUUCUGGAGGAAACCUGACACCAUCUCUACGGUGAAGCAUGGGGGUGGUUGCAUCAUGCUGUGGUGAUGUUUUUCAGUGGCAGGGACUGGGAGACUAGUCAGGAUCGAGGCAAAGAUGAACGGAGAAAAGUACAGAGAGAUCCUUGAUGAAAACCUGCUGGAGAGCGCUCAGGACCUCAGACUGGGGCGAAGUUUCACCUUCCAAAGGACAAUAACCAUAAACACACAGUCAAGACAAUGCAGGAGUGGCUUUGGGACAAAUCUCUGAAUGUCCUUGAGUGGCCCUGACAGAGCCCUGACUUGAACCUGAUCGAAUAUCUCUGGAGAGACCUGAAAAUAGCAGCAACGCUCGCCUUCCAACCUGACAGAGCAUGAGAGGAUCUGCAGAGAAAAAUUGGUUCAAGUCCGGGCUCUCGGCCGGUGAUGGGCUACUUUGUUUUAUAGAGGCGCUGAUAUGGCUCUCCGGACAGCUCCAGCCCAAAUCAAGCACUGCCCAUGUCCUGAUAAUCGUUGGACAUACACAUUACGUUUUUGAAGUAAGAGGGAAACAGUAAUCCUCCAGAUCCCUAUUCAAGUCUGUCCUCACGGAAGUUCACAUUCACAAACAUUGCCUGGGUGGGUUAAGUUAGUCAGGAAAAGCAGCAACCAAACAGCUUUUGGUCAUACGCUCUCUCUCUCAGAGCAAAGUUCAAAGCACAAGCACAACCAGCUGAUUCAGUCAUGACUCAUUGCUACACAGGCUGGUUGUUCCUCUCUCUCAGAAGGGCUGCAUGUUUGAGAUCGACUACAUUGCAGUCCGGCUGUGAAGGGUGUUUCUAAAUGUGAAAUUCAGACUAUUAUAGCAGUCUUCUGAACCGUGCAGCCAAACUGCAAUGGCAUCAAUGUCAAACACACGGUCUCUCUGUACAGUUGGAGGGAUUUCCGCUACCAUCAUACCCGUUUAAUUAUUAAUGUGAUCCGAACUUACAGUUUAUGUAAUGUCCACAGUCCACAAUCAUUGAAGACUGUUUUGUGGCGACACCUUUUUGAAGUUACUGUUCAUGCUCACAAAGAAGUAUAAGUCCAUUCAUUACCCAGAACAAAGGAAGACAUUUUAUUUCCACUGGCUGGGGCUCUUGGGUUGUCCCUCUCUGUGGAAACAGACUAAGCCUGUUAGAACUUGAUUUAAAUUAUAUUCCUAACUGUAAAACAAACAAAAAAAAUGGGCCCGAUGUCCUUUCUGAUAGUAAUCAGAAGCACAUUGCAAUGUUGUGGAAUGUUACUUUUGAAUCUUCCUUAAACCUUGUUGAGUUCCCUUUAAACAGAGUUUGUGUAUGUGAAAUCAUAUCCUCCCCCUCGUGUGUACCUCACUCUUCCCCAGUCCAGCCCACAUCGCCCCCAUGAACUGGUCUGGUGGAAAAGUGUAGUGCUUAAUGGAAGGAUAUAAAGAAACAAAAGCUGUACUAUCGUCUUUAAGGAAACAAAAAAGGUCAGUCAAGACCAACAUAGGCUACUCAUUUAAGAUUAUGUUUAAAGGUAUACAAUACUGGGCUGGCACAAGUUUACAAAAUAAACAACAUGCAAAGGAUAAAACAUCAACACAACCUACACUACAUGACCUCAUUGACCAUCUCGUUCCAAAAUCAUGGGACUUAAUACGGAGUUGGUCCCAACCUUUGCUGCUAUAACAGCCUCCACUCUUCUGGGAAGGCUUUCCACUACAUGUUGGAACAAUGCUGCGGGGACUUGCUUCCAUUCAAACACAAGAGCAUUAGUGAGGUCGGCCGCUGAUGUUGGGCGAUUAGGCCUGGCUGGCAGUCAGCAUUCCAAUUCAUCCCAAAGGUGUUUUAUGGAGUUGAGGUCAGGGCUUUGUGCAGGCCAGUCAAGUUCUUCUACACCAAUCUCAACAAACCAUUUCAAUAUGACAGUAUCUCAUUGUCAUACUGAAACAGGAAAGGGCCUCCUCCAAAGUUGGAAGCACAUAAUCGUCUAGAAUGUCAUUGUAUGCUGUAGCGUAAGAUUUACCUUCACUGGAACUAAGGGGCCCGAACCAUGAAAAACAGCUCCAGAACAUUAUUCCUCCUCCACCAAACUUUACCGUUGGCACUAUGCGUUCGGGCAGGUAGCUUUCUCCUGGCAUCCGCCAAACCCAGAUUUGUCCCUCGUACUGCCAGAUGGUGUUUCACAGAACAUGUUUCCACUGCUCCAGAGUCCAAUGGCGGUGAGCUUUACACUACUACCAACCAUUGCACAAGGUGAUCUUAGGCUUGUGUGCGGCUGCUCGGCCAUGGAAACCAAUUUCAUAAAGCUCCCAAAAACUGUUAUUAUGCUGACAUUGCUUCCAGAGGCAGUUUGGAACUCGGUAGUGAGUGUUGCAACCGAGGACAGGCGAUUUCUAUGCGCUACGCGCUUCAGCGGUCCAGUUCUGUAAGCUUGUGUGGCUUAACACUUCGUGGUUGAGCUGUUGUUGCUCCCAGACAUAUCCACUUCACAAUAACAACACUUACAAUUAACCGGGGCAGCCCUAGCAAGGCAGACAUUUGACAAACUGACCUGUUGGAAAGGUGGCAUCCUAUGACUGAGCUCUUCAGUAAGGCCAUUCUACUGCCAUUGUUUGUCUAUGGAGAUUGCUUGGCUGUGUGCUCGAUUUUAUACACCUGUCAGCAACGGGUGUGGCUGAAAUAGACAGAUCCACUCAUUUGAAGGGGUGUCCACAUACCUUUGUAUAUAUCAUGUAUAUUUAAUUUGAAAAAAUACACAGAUCUUUUGCCAUAUAAUUACAUAUAUAAUGUAUAGGAUAUCUGUGUCUUUUGCAAUACAUGCAGAACUUCUGAAAUGACAAUGUGAUUUCUGCAAGCUGCAGCACAGAAUGCUCAUCGACGGGGGUGGAGUGCGUGUGAAAAGACACUGGGUGUUCUCAUCCUAGCUAUCCUCGAGGGUGUAGAUCUGAUCUAAGUACAGACUUACCAUGGUAACAACGUAUUAGGGCCAGAGACAUCUGCCAAGUCACUUCAUUUUGAAUUUCACCAGAAUUAUGAACAAUAUGCUACUGAGUCAAACAGAAAAGUGACAACAGAUUUACACAGUAAUACAAAUGCUGUAUAUUAAUUUCCAUAGGAAUAGUGGACCGCAGACUGUAUUUACUUGUAUGUACAGUAGGCUACUAUGCAUUCAGUCAUUUAAAACACUGAUUCGGGUAGGGCAUGCCCGAAUCACAGGCCUGAUACAGUUAUCAUUUGGUUGCAAAAACUACUGGAUGAAGUAUUAUUAUUUACAAACAAAAGAGUGUGUUAGUCAAGUCUAUUGUUCCUAACAAGACGAGAAGACGUGUAUCAUUAACACAUGAUGGCUGGCUGACUGCAUUUAAACUAAAGACACCUUGAAGGCAGAUCUACUGUAGUCUCAGUUCACUUUUCUGGCUAAAAACAGAGCCAUAUAUAUAUAUAUAUAUUACUGUAUAUGGCUCUUGCUACAACUAUUCCUGUGGUCUGUCAUUCUAACCACUGACAGGUUGAAUUGAGCAAAUCAAAUUUUACUGGUCACAUACACAUGGUUAGCAGAUGUUAAUGCGAGUGUAGGGAAAUGCUUGUGCUUCUAGUUCCGACCAUGCAGUAAUAUCUAACAAGUAAUCUAACAAUUUCACAACAUCUAACUUAUACACAUAAAUAUGUGGAUGAGUGAUGGCCGAACGGCGUAGGCAAGACGCAGUAGAUGGUAUAGAGUACAGUAUAUACAUAUGAGAUGAGUAAUUUUUACCUACCCAUUUUUACCUACCUCAUCCCCAUACUGUUUUUAUUUAUUUACUUUUCUGCUCUUUUGCACACCAAUAUCUCUAUCUGUAUAUGACCAUCUGAUCAUUUAUCACUCCAGUGUUAAUCUGCAAAAUUGUAAUUAUUCGCCUACCUCCUCAUGCCUUUUGCACACAAUGUAUAUAGACUCCCCUUUUUUUCUACUGUGUUAUUGACUUGUUAAUAGUUUACUCCAUGUGUAACUCUGUGUUGUCUGUUCACACUGCUAUGCUUUAUCUUGGCCAGGUCGCAGUUGCAAAUGAGAACUUGUUCUCAACUAGCCUACCUGGUUAAAUAAAGGUGAAAUAAAACAUUAAAAAUCAAACAUGUAAA